AAAACAACCCGAAGACCAGACUUUUAAAAAAAAAAAAAAGAAAAUCGUAGCAUAAUGUAACUUACGCCAUUUUUCCUAUCUUUGAAUGUUACUUACACAACUUCAAGAGAUACAAGCUUGUAAUUACAAUUUGAUUCUUAUACUAAUUUUGAAGAGCAGCAGUGGUGAACUUGAUUUGACAGGGGAACAAACAUGCUGAUUUCCAUAAUUGUAUCUUUAAUUUCUAUUCCAUUUGAAAUUCUUUACUGGAUUAAGUGGAUUGUUGCAUAUAUAGCUGUUCGGAUAUACAAUGCAAAACAUCGUAGAAGAUUUGAUUUGUAUAAACCAACUGCAAUUGAUGAUCCUGAAAAAGUGGGUUUUCUUGUUCCCCAAUUAGAAACUGAACUAGAAUCACCUCAAUCGGAGACCAAUUUACUAGAGUCUGCGGAUGAAGUACUGUUCUAUGGAAUAAAUUCGAAGGCAGAAUGUGCUCUGGUCCGCAUCACAAGAGGCUGCAAUCAAGAAGCCGAAGCCUGGAUCUAUUUGAAAUUAGCUGAUGGCACGACUUAUCAUCUUGCCGAACACGUCAACUAUCAACAACCCUUUGAGGGAAAAUGCCUGAUGUUUUCUUGUGGGAACUUACAAAUGCAUUAUUUGGCGCCUAUGAGGAGAUGGAGAAUACAGUACAGUGGUUCAUUAAUGCGAAAAUCUGAAAAUAAAGAAUUACCUGAAGGAAAGACUUUUGUGAAAUUCGUGUUUUUGUGGAAUGCUUCAUCUGACGUCUAUGAUAUUUCUGAUGUUUCAAGCAACACAACCGGUUUUACCAGUGCCAUUGCAAGAGCCGAAUGGGAUUCAGUAUUACAACCUCCAGUUCAAAA